GUCCAAGUUUUCACUUUCGCCGAUAGAGAUCACCUCCACUUUUGAAAAUUGUAUAAUGUAUAUAUGCCUUAUACUGUAUGCUACUACUGUUGUUCUACUACUGUUCUAAAAAUUGUACUGUUCUAUAAUAUGUAUACUGUACCCAGAAGAAAAUGAAUAUAUAUGGGCUGAUGAAGGUAAUGUUACCGAAACAUGUGGCUUGGUAGGUGGCCGUGAUGGGUGGAAGUAAAGGCUUAUGCUGGUGGGCUUGAACCACCAACUGGGCUCGAUCUUGUAGUUAGAGAAAAGGCAAUUGCAAACUCGUCUCACUAUCGGACCGAUAGCUCAGUUGGCAGAGCAGUGGGGCGCUAAGAGAAGAUUAGAAUUUCUCUAAUAAAAUGUGGCUGUUAGGUUUUUACAAAAAAUUACAAAAUUAGCUUUAUGGGAAAUAGCAACCAUCCACAAAAUUAAAAUUGCACAUUUUUUUAUCAGCGAUUUGGGAAAGCAACAUUACAUUGAAAUUUUUCAGGUUUAAGCAUAAACGUUUCCUUGCUCUUUUUUUCCAGAACAAAGUUGAUUUCUUAAGUAAGCGACUGCUUCAACAUUUUUGAGUAAGGUGGGGUUCCUGUGUGCUGCGCAUUUUUAGACGUCAAAGAAAAUGCAAAAGUUCCAAUUAGUUUUGUCCAGGAUUGUAGCAAGAUGACCAGCGUUAAACAUAAAUUAAUAUUCUAUAUUGUAUAUUUAAGGGUUUGUUUAUUAAUGUUUUUUUGCCUCCUGUUUAUUUUUCAGUUCUGUAUAAUUGUUACUUUAUAUACUUUAUUUUGGAAGGUAUUUAAAUGUCAAAAGCAACAAAAUGUACAGCUAUUCUGCCAGCUGCAGCAAGAAAUAUGUUUCGUCAAGGAAAAUAUUAUCAAGGUCCUACAUUUGGUGUUUGUUUAGGCUACUUGCAAGCAAACAUGGCAAUGAUGGACACUAGUGUUGCUGAUGAUUUUGCAGAAUUUUGCAAACAGAAUUACUCAGCAUGUCCAUUGAUAUAUCGUAGUAAUGCUGGUGAAGUCACAGCUUUGUUACUUGCAAAAGAUUCAGAUAUUAGAACAGAUCUGCCAGCCUACAAUGUAUAUAAAGAUGGCGUGUUUUUUGAAACUGUGGAAAAUUUACUAAAGUACGACUGGGAUGAUGUGGUAUCAUUUUACUUGGGAUGCAGUUUUAGUUUUGAUGAUAAACUUUUAAACAAAGGGAUUAAACUGAAAGGUCUGGACAAGAAUGUCAGUAUGUUUACUACCAAUGUUAAAUGCAAUCCAGUGGGGUUGUUUUCGGCUGAUAUGGUCGUUUCAAUGAGAGUUAUUAAAGAAGCUCAAUUGCAGCUUGCUGUUGCGACCACAAUAGAUGCUGAUUAUGCUCAUGGAGGACCAAUACACCUUGGUCGUCCUGCUGAUAUUGGAAUUGAAAAUAUUCAAAAGUCAGAAUUUGGAUCAGAUGUUGGAUGUGUUUUAACGGAAGAUGAAAUUCCUGUGUUUUGGGCUUGCGGUGUCACAUCAAUGGUUGCUGUGGAAUCUGCAAAGUUGAAACAAUCUUUCUCACACCGGCCAGGUGGUAUGUUUAUUGCAGACAUAAAAAGCGAUGACACCAGCAAAGUCGUUCCAAACAAGGUAUAUCCAAAGCCCAAAGUAGUAUGUCUUGAUCAUGAAUUAAAAAGAUUUUCAGUUAUUUCUGAAUCUGGUUGGAAAUUAUUAGAUGACUUGGAGCAGGAAACAUUUCAAGAUUUAGGUCAACGAUGUAUUAAAGAACUUCUCGUUAAAGACGAUUUUCAUAAAGCUUGCUUAAGUUUAUCAAAGAAUGCAAAAUCUGUGGCAAUCAUCGUUGGCUUUCCUGUUUUUACUGAUAGAGCUCCGCACGAAGAAAAUGACGGAAUUGCUGGAGCAAUCUACAUUGCAAAAGCUUUGAUGCAUUUGAAUAUUCCUGUGACAUUUUUUAUUGAUGAUCAUAGUCAACUGCUCCGAAAAAUGGUAGAAGAAUGUGCGACUCUUGGAUUUAUGAAAGGCUCUGUCCAGAUAAGAUGUGUUGGAAAGGAAUUCUGCAUGGAGAACAUGAAUGAAUUGUUGGAUUCUGUUAGCAAAAAAGUCAAAUAUACACACCUGAUUGCUAUUGAGAGACCCUCAAUAAGUCAUGAUGGCAGAUACAAAACGAUGACAGCCCGUGAUGUGACAGAAUUCUGCAAUCCUGUGGAUUAUUUGUUUUUACAAGCUCAGUCCAACCCUGAUGUAGUUACUAUUGGGAUAGGUGAUGGAGGAAACGAGAUUGGAAUGGGUAAAGUCUACGAAAAUGUAGUCAGGACAGUACCAAACGGUGCAGAAAUAGCUUCGACUAUUUCAUGUGAUUAUCUUAUCACCUGUGGUGUAUCAAACUGGGGUGGACUUGCCUUGUCAGCUGGACUUUUCAUUGCUCGGUCAUGCGCUGUUCACGAAAGGUUUCAAAGGAAUGGAAUAGGGUUUACACAAGCUAUUAACAUCGAUGACCUAAUGAUGACGAGUAGUCAGGACGAAGAGCUCCAUGAAUUUAUAUUACGUUCUGGAUUUUUGGAUGGAAAAACUGGAAAAGAAGAUUUGACAAUAGAUGGGUUGGAUUAUUACAAAGUACAUCUGAAUAUGCUGCUAAGAUGUCGUGAAAUCGCUCUACAAGGGAGUAUACAAUAGUUUUUGACUCUACAAGGGAGUAUACAAUAGUUUUUGACUCUACAAGGGAGUAUACAAUAGUUUUUGACUCUACAAGGGAGUAUACAAUAGUUUUUGACUCUACAAGGGAGUAUACAAUAGUUUUUGACUCUACAAGGGAGUAUACAAUAGUUUUUGAACGAGCUAUUUUAAAUGCAAUUUCUUCUAAAUUUUUAUGAUUUUUUAAGAGAGCGUAUUUUCGCGGGAAUUAGUUUCUACGAAUUAAAUAGUUUUUAAUCAAAAUAUUAAAUUUUCGUGAUUUUUUUUAUUUGCAAAACAAUUAUUUCGUGAUGGAAACCGCCAAAAACUUAUCAUUAAAAAAUAAUUUUUUUAAGUAUAAAUGGUUUUAGUGUAUAGCAGUAUAAACGAUGAAUUUUCGCGAAUUGUGUCUAUCAAAAAAGUUUCAUGAGAAUUCAUUUUCGCGAUUGCCUUGAAAUAUUUCACGGGCAUUAAAGUUUUCGCGAAAAUCGGUCCCUCGAAGGUACUUUUUUUAAGCGAUUAGAUUUAUUUUUUAUGUUCGGUCGAAUAGCUUUAGCGUUCAGUUCACUGAUUUGUUAUGUGUUAUGAGACAUUCUUAAGACGUCAAUGUCGGACAUGUCGGAACGUCGUAGUCAUCUGGAAAUCUGUUGUUUAAAAAUAUCAGAUAGUUAACAAUCUAGGAAAUGCUACGAAAAUUUGCACCCUGAACAAAAAAAUCAUGCUGAAAAUUAUGCAUUUCUCCACCAUUCUUUUUCUUUAGAUUCUUUUUAUUUAAUUGUUUUUGAGACCAUCAUACCAAGAAAGUGAUUUAGUACUAAUUAGGCCUAAAAAAAUUAGUCUAUGUGAGCAGGCCAAAUUCUGAUUGUUAGAGUAUUUAAACUUUUUAAUUUCAAAAUAAUUAAAUUUUAUGAUUUUUGUGUUCCAUACCCGUCUUUUUAUGCAAUAUUUAUUAUUUUACUAUACACAAUAGCUUUACAAAUAGAAACAUCCAAAAGACUGUUCUGACCCAACUAUGGGCACAAGCCCAACAUUGCACGCGGGCUGGCCUAUCUUUAGACGGGACACCCGACAAAAGACGGGUCGGUGCGCCAUCUAUUGACAGGCUCGGCCCAACCUUGGACAAAUGUAUGCAAAUUGGUUUUGAGGAAUCUUGCAAUUUUAGAAAAUGUUUCAUAAGUUGGGGCAGGACUAACUAAUGACAAGCAAUUCCAACGCUUUUAAAAAUUGUGUCAUAAGAUGGGACAGACCUAACUAUUGACAAAUCACACUUGUCAUAAGAUGAAAAAAACCUCUCACGCUUUUAAAAAACUGUGUCAUAAGAUGGGAUAGGCCAACUGUUUACACUUUUUUGACACAGCCAGCACAACAUGGGUCAGUCUGAAGACUCCCAGACUAAAAUUAAACCUUGUAACAUAGGCAACACACUCUUUCGCAUUUUUUUAAAAAAAAUAAACAGAGGCCACGCUCUUCUGUGGACAAUCUAGUGUCUAUAGGAGAGGGAGAGGAGUGAAGAAGACAAAAAAUGUAUGGAGGAAAAUAAAUCAUGAAUUCUCUAGAUAUAAUCUAUUACAAAUAUAGCUAAAGUAAUAAGCAAUACAAAUACCAUGUGAUAUGUUCUGCUUUUUUAAAAAAUUAAGCAAACACAGAGAUAAAUUGAGAAAUAAAUUUGAUAAAUGGUGAUUAGGUAGCACAGUCGGUGGAGUGUCAACUCAUGUUCAAGUGGUUGUGAGUUUGAUCCCCGCAUAAGGAUGUCGUCCAGAGUUUUAAAAAAAGUUUUUGUAGCACAAAUAGGAGCUUUAAACACUCUAAAUCUGCCGUUGUGGUCCCUUCUGGAUAUAAUUAAAAGGGUGUAUUGCUUGAAACUGGUGAGACUGAUCACAAAAUAUGAAUUGAAACAAAAUUUCUUUAGAUUAUAGUCUCUUUUUCUUAUGUUUAAAUAUAUUACAAAAUAUUCCAAUUGUAGCUGGUUUAGCCAAAGCAAUCUCGCCUCUCAAGUUACGUAAUAGUUCCAGUUGCGAUAAUUCCAUCGAAGAUUAUCUUGAAACGUAAACAGCUUCGAAAUACCUAGCUAGCUGUUAUAUAACAUUAUAUUACACUGAGCUGAAUGGUAAUUUUGAUAUCUUGAGGCAUAAUUUUUUAGCUAGUCAUUACGCACACGACAAUCCAGUUAAAAAACAUCUCCAAUCAUGCAACAAGAAGUCUGUAACUACUUUAAAAAAUGCAUUUGCUAUACGAUCUUGUCAGCUGUGUUACGAAUUUAAAUCAAGGAUCUGGUCUUGCCCCAAGAGAAGUGUUGUUUUUUGUUACCCACAACAAACUUGAAAUGCGUAACUUGAAUUAAUCUCAGCUAGCUAUACACAUCAAUACGCCAUAAAAAGUUGCAGCAGUUAUGUUUUUGCACUUUAGUUAGUUUACGUUGAAUACAAGGUCUUGGUGUAUGCAAAUACCUUUUAAUGCCAUGUCGAAGGUUGGUUGUUCUGGUCCACAGGGUGGCAUACCAAAUGAUGGCCCACCGUGUCUAAAGAUAGUUCGCCCCGUCUAUAGACAGGCCGCGUUCUAAGUUGGGUCAGCAUGAAACUAUUGCGUUUAUUGUUCGCUAAAAUGUCGCGAAAUUAAAAUUCUAGAAAAAUCAAUAUAGUUAUAACUGACAUCCACCAGCGACAUUCUGCUGGUUGUUGUUGUUCUUCUUCUUGAAAAAGAAGAAGAAGAAGAAGAACAAGGAACUCUAUAUACAUAGGAACUACAAUAGCAUGUUUAUCUUUCUUUCCUAAAAAAUUCUUGUUAUAGCCUUUAAAUCGCAUUGUGUAUUUACAUGCGCGAAAUAAACAUAAAUAAUCAUAAUUAUGCAAGCAAACACGGAGCAUAUAUUUUUUUUUGAAAUAGUAUGCGUGCUUAUAGAUCUGAAAAAUGAUAAACAAAUUGAAGCGUCCGAGCUGUUCAAGGAAAAUUAUGAAGCUUUUUAAGAAAUUAAAUACACGGUGGUAAUGUGCUUGCCAAGAGAUGCAAAUUUUGUGUUCGCUAUCCCUUGUGCAGAAACCUUGACUGAGGUCCUUAUGACAAUAAAUAGGACCAUGGUACAGCAGUUAGAUAUUUGACAUGAAAUAUUCUGUCUAUUCUUUUCCUUCAAUUUAUAUGCAUUGAUGUUGUUGUGUUUAUCUUUCUACUUUUCCUUGGUACUAAAAUUUUAUAAAAGACAACUGUUAGAUUUCGCUAUCUGACAACCACGAUGCUGCUGCGAAAGGAUGGCAGCUCUUGUAAAAUUAUGUCACAAUAAAUGGUAGUCACCAAUGCAAUUAUUACUUGGCACACUCCCUAACAAAUUCUUUGCAUUUGUGCGGUGAAAAUUAGCUAGCGUGUGUGUUGUACUAAGCUUGCUGUUAGCAUAAAAAUAAUAAAGGACAGAUCGAAUUUAUAUAGUUGUAUUUUAGAUUAUAAGAGACUAUAGGAUUUAUAUAAAAUGUAUAUAUAUUUAAAUAUAUUUGAUACCGUGAA